CAGAAUCCCCGCGGUGACCCCUCUCGCGAAGUGGUCGCUCGUUUCUGCGUCGCCUGUUGCAUUCAUUGAUGUCAUUUAUAAAGGAGAAUAAUUAUGGACUUGUCAGCCUCUGUUGAAUCUCCGAGUGAUUUGUAAGUGAAGUCUACAUCGCAUUCGUCCUUGACGACUUGAUCUUCUUCUUCUCGGUCGUGCCUCACUCCACACCAGAGAAAUCGACGCACUUUUUUCGGCAACCAUCGAAACAUUUUUCUUUAUAUACAUCUCAUUAAAAGUAUCACAGGAGGUAAUUUUAAAAUAAUUUACAUCGACAUCGUGAGUGGUUGAGUAAAUCUGGUCGAUGACUAUUUAAUGAAUUCACCAUCAGAACAAAGUUACUCAAGAAUAUAAAAUGUCCAAAGAAAGAGAUCCUAUUCCAGAUGAUGUAAUUCAAGAGACUGCUGUGUACUUGGAAGAUCCCGUACCAAAUUUGCCAGAACCAAGAUCUCGAACUUCGUCUUUCAACCGUAAUGUAAAUGACAAUAAAUCGUCUGAUUCACCUCACCGAAAUAUAGCACCAUCUACUCCGAAGAAGAUUGCGGCAGCCGGCGUCAAGGCGGAAGUGGACAGUAUAGGAGGAUGGUCGGAUACUUUGUCAGUUAAAAUUAACAUAAAUCAAAAAUCAUCAGAAUCGAUGUCGGAAGAGAAAAAAUCAUUGCUUGAAAUUGACAGGCUGAAUGGUAGCCGUAGAGCUUCAUCCACUAUAUCUGGUGGUCCUCCAGCCUCUCCCCGACAAGGUUCCAGGGGAUCUCGUCGGUCAACAAGGGGAUCUCGACGCCAUAAAUCGUCCCAAGGUAAUAAAGAGCCAACAACACGAGGUGAAAUACUCAUGGACCUCGUCAGAAACGACAGUAUUAAAUCUCGCGAAACAACCAGACCAAAAUCGUCAGCGUCCAACCGGGAAAGUGGGAGGAAGCACAGAAAAAAUUCCGACACAUCGAGUUCCAGUUCAAGUUCCGAUUCACUUGCAUCUGGCGAAGGCCCUGCUGGUUUUCCUCGUAAGGGCAAACGUGGGUAUUUUACAGCACAAGAUGCUGUCGAACUAGGAGAUCGACUGUGUGGAUGUGUUCUCAUGGACAAAUUUUUAUAUUUUCUCAAGCCUGUAAUAUUUAUAGUUAUCGGUGCUAUUUUAAUAACAGGUGGCCUCGCGUUGACCGUGUUACAUUUUAUGUAUGAGGACUCCUUAACUCAGAAAAAUCCACCGUAUUUUACAUAUGGACCUAUAUCCCUUGCAACUGGGGUUAUUUUGUUUAUGGUAGGCCUUGUUUGGGUGCCGAUAAAGGAACAGAAAUGGAAAGAUGGCACGGCGUCGCCAAUGAUUGCUGCUCUUGCAAAAUGGCGACUUGAAAAUUUAGAAAAGGAAGAACUUCAAAUGACUAACAUCGGAGAGGUUAAGUGUAUUCCGAGUGAAGAAGAAAUUGAUCAGACCACCCUGGUGACGAGUGUAAAAGAAACAGACACUAAAUUCGACGAAGAAGUGUAGGCACUACUUCUUACAUACCAAUUGAAAUGUUUGUUCUCAUUCGGACUAUGUUGAUUAGGUUCAGUUGCACGAAUUAUUUAUAGAUUAAAAGCAUGCUUGGUUCUAUUUUGUACCACUUUGAUGGCAAAUACUGUUUACAUAAUGUUACGAGUUCCAAUAUGAAAAUUCGAGAUUACCUUUUUAUGGAAAGGGCAUA